AUGAGUUGUUAUGAUGGUCAUACUGAUAUGGUAGAGUGGUUGUUACGUAAUGAUGUGAAUGUGGAUCAGUGUAGAGAUGAUGGGGUUACUGGACUGUGCAUGGCAAGUCUGCAAGGACAUACUAAUAUAGUAAAGUUACUGUUAGAGAGGAAUCCUUAUGUUAAUCUAUGUGACAAGAAUGGCUGUAGUCCUCUGUACUUGGCAAGUCAAAAUGGACAUACUGAUAUAGUAAAACUACUGUUAGAGAGGAAUCCUGAUGUUAAUCUAUAUCACAAUGAUGGCUGGAGUCCUCUGUUAAAGGCAAGUCAGAAGGGACAUACUGAUAUAGUUAUAUUACUGUUAGAGAGGAAUCCUGAUCCAUGUGACAAAACACCACUGAGUACGUCAUAUGUCAACAAUAACACCAGUAUCAGUAACAGUCCGAGUCUUGUCCAGCCAAUAAUGAAACAUAAACCAGAUAUCAAUGCCCAGACAUAUGAUGGAGGUAAUGCUCUAUAUUUCAGUGCACUAUUUGGAAACAUUGAGAUAACACAGUUACUGUCAGAGAAUAAUGCUGACUCUAAUAUUAGAAUCCAUAGUAAACAGUAUAUAACAGAAACAUUAAAUAAUCAUCCAAGUAUAACAUUGGAAAUAGAAAAACAAAACGUAUUUGAUAACCUAGUAAAGAAUACAUCAUCACGUGUAACGGAAUACGUCAGUAAGAAGUCAGUAGAUUAUGCCUUUGAUGUAGUAGCUGGUUCGUCUCCAUUACACAUAGCUUGUUUUAUUGGUAGGAUACAUGAAGUCUGCUGUCUGAUCGACAACAAUGCCAACAUCGACAUGACAAAAGACGAUGGAAUAACACCAUUAUGGUAUGCAUGUGAAGUAGGACAUGAGGAUAUUGUACUUUUAUUGUUAGAUAAAAAAGCAGAUACAAAGAUAUGUAAAAACAAUGGGAAAUCUCCUUUAGAAAUUGCAACAGAUAAUGGACAUACCUCUAUAGUAGAGAUUGUGAAAGAAAACACAUAUUUGAUCAGUCUUUUCUAUCUCAAGAAUUAA